GGAAGACCUCAGAAGCCUACCAUCCUCUGCGCUUGCCGCGUACUUGUCUAAUUUAGAGCUCCUUGGUUGUCGGCGCCUUCAUUUCUGUCCUUUCCGCCAUGGCACAACUCCAGGCACGUUUCUACACCGAGAACAAGAAAUAUGCAAUAGAUGAUGUCCCUUUCUCAAUCCCUGCUGCCUCUGAAGUUGCUGACCUUAGUAACAUCAUCAAUAAAUUGCUGGGGACCAAAAAUGAGCUCCACAAACAUGUCGAGUUCGAUUUCCUUAUCAAGGGCCAGUUUCUUCGAAUGCCCUUGGUCAAACACAUGGAACUGGAAAACAUUUCAUCGGAAGAGGUUGUGGAACUAGAAUACGUGGAAAAAUACACCGCACCCCAGCCAGAGCAGUGCAUGUUCCAUGAUGACUGGAUAAGCUCAAUUGAAGGGGCAGAAGAAUGGAUCCUGUCUGGUUCUUAUGAUAAGACUUCUCGGAUCUGGUCCUUGGAAGGAAAGUCAAUAAUGACAAUUGUGGGACAUACAGAUGUGGUCAAAGAUGUGGCUUGGGUGAAAAAAGACAAUUUGUCCUGCUUACUACUGAGUGCCUCAAUGGAUCAGACUAUUCUCUUAUGGGAAUGGAAUGUGGAGAAGAACAAAGUAAAAGCCCUACAUUGCUGCAGAGGUCAUGCUGGGAGUGUGGAUUCUAUAGCUGUCAAUAGCUCAGGAACUAAAUUUUGCAGUGGCUCCUGGGAUAAGAUGCUAAAGAUCUGGUCUACAGUCCCUACAGAUGAAGAAGAUGAAAUGGAAGAAUCCACAAAUCGGCCAAGAAAGAAACAGAAAACAGAGCAAUUGGGACUAACAAGGACUCCCUUGGUGACCCUCUCUGGCCACACAGAAGCAAUUUCCUCAGUACUUUGGUCAGAUGCCGAAGAAAUCUGCAGUGCAUCUUGGGAUCACACAAUUAGAGUGUGGGAUGCUGAGUCUGGUGGUCUUAAGUCAACUUUGACAGGAAACAAAGUGUUUAAUUGUAUUUCCUAUUCUCCCCUCUGUAAACGUUUGGCAUCUGGAAGCACAGAUAGGCAUAUUAGACUGUGGGAUCCCCGAACUAAAGAUGGUUCUUUGGUGUCGCUGUCCCUCACCUCACAUACAGGCUGGGUUACAUCAGUGAAGUGGUCUCCUACCCAUGAACAGCAGCUGAUUUCAGGCUCUUUAGAUAACAUUGUCAAGCUGUGGGAUACAAGAAGUGCUAAGGCUCCUCUCUAUGAUCUGGCUGCUCAUGAAGAUAAAGUUCUAACUGUGGACUGGACAGACACAGGGCUACUUCUGAGUGGAGGAGCAGACAACAAAUUGUAUUCCUACAGAUAUUCACCUACAACUUCCCAUGUAGGGGCUUGAAAAUGAAUGAUUGAUCAAAGA